UUAUUGGUUAUUAUUGAGUUUGAGUGCAUGCAUCAAGUGGCAUCAAUCGUCAUUUCGUGUCUGUGUGCUUUUAAAAUUAUUUUAUUUCUCAAAUGAUUACAAGUUUGUGAAUGUUUUUUUCACGUACAGUAGCAUAAGAGUAUUUGAAAUAAUCUGUUUUGCUUAAACAGAACAAGUAUAAAACAAAGCUCGCUCUGAUCGUGCAUUAUAACCUGCAUUCAAGUUUUUUGCAAGGUGAAGUAAGAAAAAAAUGUCAGAUUCUGAGGGAAGCAAUUUCUCUGAGAAUGAGAGCGAACAUGGUGGAGGUGGAGGUAGCGACAGUGAGGUAGAAAGCCGAUCUGUCAAAUCUGGGGCUGGCAGCAAUGCUGGAAGUCCAAUGUCACGAAGUCGCAGUAGAUCCCGAUCCAAGUCCAGAUCUCGAUCACGAUCCAGGAGUCGUUCUAGGUCUAGAUCUCGUUCUCGUUCCGGUUCAGAGUCCGAUGAUGGAAAGGCUGAUGAAGCCGAAGAGGUGAGGUCCGGAGAUGAGGAAGUUGUAGAGCCAGAGGAGGAACCGGAGGGAGAAGAUUUGGAUGGAAGUAGCGAAAGGGAUGAAGAAGAAGAUGAGGAUGACGAAGAUGACGACAGGCCACGAAAGAAGAGAAAGAAGGAGAGAUUCUGUGGCUUCAUUGAUGACGAAGCUGAGGUCGACGACGAUGUUGAGGAUGAUGAAGAAUGGGAGGAGGGUGCACAAGAAAUUGGUAUAGUUGGAAAUGAGGUUGACGAGCUUGGUCCCACAGCUCGUGAGAUUGAGGGACGUAGACGUGGAACGAAUCUUUGGGACUCGCAGAAAGAGGACGAGAUCGAGGAGUAUCUGAGAAAAAAAUAUGCUGACGAAUCCGUAGCGGCUCGUCACUUUGGCGAUGGUGGAGAAGAAAUGAGCGAUGAAAUCACACAACAGACCCUUUUACCCGGUGUAAAAGAUCCUAAUUUGUGGAUGGUCAAGUGUCGUAUAGGCGAAGAAAAAUCUACGGUUCUUUUGCUUAUGAGGAAAUUCAUUACUUAUCAAUUUUCCGGCGAACCGCUACAAAUUAAAUCUGUAGUAGCACCGGAAGGCGUAAAAGGAUACAUUUACAUAGAAGCUUACAAACAGCCUCACGUGAAAGCGGCAAUUGAAAACGUUGGACAUUUAAAAAUGGGUAUAUGGAAACAGCAGAUGGUACCGAUCAAAGAGAUGACCGAUGUACUAAGAGUAGUGAAGGAACAAACUGGCUUGAAAGCUAAACAAUGGGUCAGGCUGAAGAGAGGAAUUUACAAGGACGACAUAGCUCAGGUGGAUUACGUUGACUUGGCCCAGAAUCAAGUCUAUCUGAAACUUUUGCCGAGAAUCGAUUACACGCGUCCGCGUGGUGCAUUGAGAACGGCACAGAGUGAGUCCGAAGCGUUGAAGCGAAAGAAAAAGAGGCGACCACCAGCGAAACCAUUCGAUCCGGAGGCAAUCAGAGCAAUCGGCGGCGAAGUUACGAGCGAUGGUGAUUUCUUGAUCUUCGAGGGAAAUCGUUACAGUCGCAAAGGAUUUCUGUACAAAAAUUUUACGACGAGUGCUAUAAUUGCUGAGGGUGUAAAACCAACUCUGUCCGAGCUCGAACGCUUCGAAGAAGCUCCUGAAGGCAUUGAUCUUGAGUUGAGUGGAACUCCAGCCACUGGCGUCACCGCAGGAAAAGACGACUCGUCUGUGACGCAUUCAUUCAGCAACGGUGAUAACGUCGAAGUUUGCGAGGGUGAAUUGAUGAAUCUACAGGGAAAAAUUGUCUCGAUCGAUGGCAAUAUGAUUAUGGUCAUGCCGAAGCACGAGGAGCUCAAAGAGGCUCUGGAAUUUCAGGCUAAUGAACUGAGAAAAUACUUUACCAUGGGUGAUCACGUUAAGGUCGUAGCCGGUAGAUACGAGGGUGAUACAGGUUUGAUAGUGAGGGUCGAACCAAACCGUGUAGUUCUGUUUUCCGAUCUUUCAAUGCACGAACUCGAAGUGUUGCCCCGUGACCUUCAACUCUGUUCGGAUAUGGCGACUGGAGUUGACAGUCUUGGACAAUUUCAAUGGGGUGAUCUCGUUCAGCUGGAUCCACAAACUGUUGGUGUCAUUGUACGACUGGAACGAGAAAAUUUCCACGUGCUCUCGAUGCAUGGAAAAAUUGUUGAAGCGAGACCUCAAGGCUUGACGAAACGUCGUGAAAAUAGAAAUACCGUUGCUCUCGACUACGAACAAAAUACCAUACAGAAAAAAGAUAUCGUCAAUGUUGUCGAUGGGCCACACGCCGGACGUGAUGGUGAAAUAAAACAUUUGUAUAGAAGUUUCGCCUUUUUACACUCCCGUUUGUACGUCGACAACGGAGGUAUUUUCGUCUGCAAAACGAGACAUCUUCAAUUGGCCGGUGGCAAUAAAUCUGGUGUGCCAUCAAUGUCACCCGCUACGGGAUUCAUGUCACCGAGAAUUGCCUCACCGAUGCAUCCUAGCGGUGGAAGCUUUGGCGGGCGAGGCGGAGGUGGCGGUGGCCGUGGUCGUGGUCGAGGCGGUGGUGCUCGUCGCGAUCGCGAGCUCAUUGGAACGACGAUUAAAAUCACCGGAGGCCCGUACAAGGGCAACGUCGGCAUCGUCAAAGACGCGACCGAAAACACGGCUCGGGUUGAACUCCACUCCAACUGUCAAACUAUUUCGGUCGAUAGAUCUCACAUCGCUAACGUCGGUGUGCCCACCAAAGACGGUGGUUUCAGCAGUUACAACAGAACUCCGGCUUACACCGUUGGUGGACAGACACCGAUGUACGCCAGAGAUGGAUCCAAAACGCCGAUGCACGGUUCUCAAACUCCGAUGUACGAAAACGGCUCCCGAACUCCUCAUUACGGCUCGAUGACGCCAUCGCACGAUGGUUCACGAACACCCGGACAAUCCGGAGCGUGGGAUCCAUCGGUUACCAAUACACCGGCAAGAAACAAUGAUUUCGACUCUUACAACAUGGAGGAGGCUGGUUCACCGGGUUAUGCCCCAGGAUAUCCAGCGACGGGCGGACCUUUUACUCCACAAACACCGGGCACGAUGUACGGUUCGGAACAAAGUUACAGUCCGUAUCAGCCAAGCCCGAGUCCAGCUGCGAGCGCCAGCGCGAGUCCGAGUCCAGCUGGUUACGUCGCAACACCCUCGCCCUCCGGAACCGGAUAUACCACCAGUCCUCAUGGUGCAUUUGCCACUCCUUCGCCAAUGGGCUACAGUCCAAUGACGCCGGGUGUUAGCGGAAGUCCUUACAAUCCUCAAACACCUGGCUCGGGAUUGGACGCGAGUGUUGGAUCCAACUCGUUCGGUAAUUCAGAGUGGCACACGGUCGACAUCGAAGUUUGUAUCAAAGAUUCGCAUCAAGAUCCUGCAUUGGCCGGACAACAGGGAGUUAUUCGAGGAAUUUCGGGUGGAAUGUGCGUUGUUUUCUUACCCGCCGAAGAUCGGGUGGUGAACUUGGUUUGUGAAGAAUUGGAGCCGGUAGUUCCAACCCGAGGUGAUCGGGUCAAAGUCGUGCUUGGUGAGGACCGCGAAUUUGUUGGUACUCUCAUAUCGAUCGAUAACCAAGAGGGAGUGGUUAGAACUCCAUCCGGCAAAAUUGGCAUGUUUCAUCUACGCGUUCUCUGCAAAAUGAAACCUGCGACUGAAUAAUAGAAGCAAAGAACGAACAAAUCAGAAUUCAUUUUGAUUUCGAUACGUUUCGUGUCCGGACGAUCAUACAACAAAAUCAAUGUUCGCAACGACCGCGAUAAGCGUAUUUACAAUGUUGGGAUAUUGGAGAUAACUAUUGGAAAACUAGAAUAAUAAUCGUUCUCGUGCAAGUUUUACGAAUUAUUUAGACCGACGACAAUCUCUACGGACUUUCAAUGUCUCCACCGGGCUUCAUUCCCAUUGCUGGCCGUUUAAAUCGGUUGAAAAAAUAAUUACGUUACGAUCAUUCGAUACGACAAUGUCGCAAAAUGUUAUUUUUAUUCUGACGCAUUACUUUAUCUAAUUUUGCUCCCUUCCUUCAAAGUUAACGGAACAUUUGAUUGUAUUCGGUAUCCUGUCUGUUUAUUGAUAUACUAGAGACUAAAAUGCAAUGACAUCGCUUCGGACAACACCUCAAGGUAAAACUAGUCCAAAGUUUACCAUACAAAUUCUUCGAGAACUGGUGUACAUGGACAUUAAAAACAAACCAGAAAAACUGUAGAGUUACGAAAUACAUGCAUUUGGAUCUUA